AUGGUACGCAUCAUUGCAUACUGCAUACGGUUUGUGCGCAACACCAAGCAGAAGGCGCGAUCACAGCGACCGAUACCGCACACCAAUGCAUCCAAGACGAUCACGCCCAAGUACGUGGAUGCUGCAAAAACUGUGCUUUGCAGACUAGCCCAGCAAGAUGCAUUUUCCGCGGAAAUCAAGCAGCUAAAAAAGGGAGAAGCAUUGAUGAAACAAUCACCUUUACGAAAACUUACCCCAUUCCUGGACACAGAAGAAGUAAUACGGGUGGGAGGACGAUUGAUCUUGUCGCAACUACCGUAUCAGUCCAAGCAUCCAGCUGUUCUACCGAAGAACCACAAAUUCACUCGUCUACUUGCGGAAGAUUAUCAUGAAGAGAUGAAACAUGCUAGUGGAAGGCUAUUGCUAUCCCGCAUUAGAGAGCUGUAUUGGCCACUGGACGGACGUCGCUUGGUAAAAAGCAUUGCAAGGAACUGCUUCCGCUGUGUUCGGCAAGAUCCCGCACUCGCACGGCAGCCGGUUGGCCAGCUUCCACCAUCCCGCAUCACACCGAGCCGACCGUUUUCUGUAACCGGAGUGGACUACGCCGGUCCAUUCUAUUUGAAGCCAGCGCACCGGAAGGCAGCAGCUACUAAGAGCUAUCUGAGACCUCGCAACGGCGGGAUUCUUAACAGCGCUACGCCGAUUCACAUCACGACGCGGAUCCAUUCUGAUAAUGGGAAAAACUUCGAAGGCGCAGAACGUGAACUGAAGAAGCUUUUUGAGCUGUUCAACGACGAACAACACCGCAACACCGUGGCUACCAGAUGCGCUGACCGGGGAAUCACUUGGCAUUUCAACCCACCAAAGGCUCCACACUUCGGCGGAUUAUGGGAAGCAGCAGUAAAGACGGCGAAGCGACACCUCUAUCGUCACCUGGGCAAUACGCGGCUGUCAUACGAAGGCUACUGCACUGUGCUCCACCAAAUCGAGGCAGCGAUGAAUUCCCGUACGCUGUUGCCUUUGUCCGACGAUCCCAACGAGCUAGCUGCACUCACACCGGCACACUUCCUUAUUGGCACAUCGAUGUUCGCCGUGCCUGAACCGGACUACACCCAGCUGAAAUCCUGCACGCUAGAUGAUCUUCAGAAGUGGCAGCUUUUAGUUCAGCGUUUUUGGAAGCAUUGGGCCACUGAGUAUCUACAAGAAAUGCAAAAAAGUUAUGCAAGUGGUGGCAGCAACAACAGCAACAUACUUCCCGGCUGGUUAGUGAUCCUCAUGGACGAAUCGUUACCCACCACUCGUUGGCCUCUCGCGCGUAUCGUUGAAAUCCAUCCCGGUGAAGACAAGAUAGUACGCGUCGUUACGCUCAAGACAGCUAAGGGAAUAAUUACGCGACCGAUCACGAAAAUAUGCGUUUUACCGCUCAGCACUGAUAGCGAAAACCCCGUGUAA